AUGAACUGGCAAGAUAGCAACCGGUCAUGUCAAAUCUUGACCGCGGCCGAGAAGGGCGGAUAUGGAGUUCUGGCUGCAAUUGUAUACAAUGUCGAACACAUCACUGCGUUUGUUCGAGCGGCGGAACAACGGCGUUCUCCUCUGAUCCUCCAGUUAUUUCCUUCAGCCCUCAAGCAAACCCCUUCAUUAAUUUUUGCCGCUGCCGCUGCUGCGAAAAGUGCAUCUGUUCCCAUUUCGGUUCAUCUAGAUCACGCGCAGGAUUAUGAUCAGAUUAAAUAUGUGGCCGAGAACCUCCCAUUUGACUCAAUCAUGGUCGACAUGAGUCAUUAUGAAAAAAAAGAAAAUUUGGAAAAGACCCGAAUCUUGCGUAAUUUUUGUCAUGCACGGGGCAUUUCAGUAGAAGCCGAGACCGGCCGUAUCGAGGGUGGUGAGGAUGGAAUCAUGGAUACAGGCGACCUUGAAGGAAUUUUGACAAACCCCGAAGAUGUAGAGGAAUUCAUUUCUGUCGGCGUCGACUUUCUUGCACCAAGCGUUGGAAACAUCCAUGGAGAUUAUGAUGCCAAAGGGCCCCAGCUUGACUUCAGCCGACUACAGGGGAUUUUCAAGGCGAUGAACGGUCGCGUUCGACUCGUUCUGCACGGCACCAAUGACUUUUCCCCAGACCUAGCCCGGGCCUGUAUUCAGGCAGGAGUCACGAAGUUCAACGUGAAUAAAUUGGUUCUGGACCCUUGGCAUGCUAAUCUUAGAGCGAACGCCACCCGUCCCUUGACCGACUUGAUGAGAACGGGUAUUGAGAUCUUGACAAAUGAGAUGAAGAGAUGGAUGGAUAUUUUGGGUAGCAGUGACCAAGUAAAAACUUGA